AUGAUUGUGCAGUUUCGCAAAUUCCAUGUGCUUGUAGUCGUUUCUUUCUGGUCUUUUUAUCUCGCUAAAGGAAACAAGCAUGGACCUCCGAAACUCCGCAAGCUCUCGCGGGCAUGCUCUGGCCUUUUCACCCCGUGGCAAACGGUAAUGAUCACGCUGCUUUACCUGUACAUCGCUCGCAACUUCGACUCUCUCCUCGAUCUCGAAUGCCCCGAGCCGCUUGCGAACCUCUAUACUCGCUCUUACUUCCGUGCAACAUGGGUGACGACCGCACUCGAUGCCGGGUUCUGGACUGCUAUGCGCAUCCGCAGGAAGUGGCUCCGGGACUUGUCAAGCAUCAUCUUCUCAUUAUACUAUCUGAUAGCGGCGGAGAGAGCGGACGAGAAAGUAAGGAAAGUGAGAGGGAUGUUGACACUGGAUCAUCUCAGGGUGAGCUGGAAUAAGGGCAACACACCGUACCUCAAAUUUGUCUCAGCAUUGUUACGCCCACGACUUAUGAAGUACCCACCGCGUGCAAUACGCAUACCACGACCAGGGGGAGAACCAGUGCAGGCAUGGCUAUAUUUUGAUGGGCCUCUGAGUGCACUCAAGGACCACACCAAGAUUGUUCUUGACGUUCCUGGUGGCGGAUUUGUCGCCAUGGAUCCACGAGCCCAUGAUGAUAAACUAUUCGCAUGGGCUGGCAAAACUGGCUUACCAGUGCUCAGUUUGGACUAUAAAAAGGCACCGGAGUAUCCAUAUCCUUAUGCGCUUAACGAAUGUUUCGAUGUCUAUCGCGCGGUCGUCGCUAGCCGUGGUAGACUUGUCGGUUUGUCUGGAAAAGUGAUGCCAAAAAUCGUGAUUUGCGGCGACAGUGCUGGGGGGAACCUUGCAACGGGAACAGUGCUCAAAAUCAUUGAGCACUCUGGAUCGAUUUCCUCAGACAGCGAAGUUCCACUGCCAAUGCCCGAGGGUCUCAUCUUGAUAUAUCCGGGCUUGGAUUUCAAUAUUGUCAAUUGGAUGAGCGAGGAGCAUAUGUCUCUCUUCAAAGACCGCCGGAUGCGAAAGACGAACCGGGACAUGCUGCGACUAAAGAGCAUGCAAUAUAACCAUCUCGCUGGCACCCCCCAUCAUUCCGAGGGCGAAGAUUUUACAGCUCUAUCUCCUAAAGUGCGUCCUAGGUCGAUCCCAGGCUCUGCUUCACUUCCCGAACAUCCCAAUCCCAACAAAGAACCUCUGGUGCCACCAACACCGACACCAGGCACCCGUCUCGCGAUUACAUCUAUGAUAUCCUAUAUCAAUGACCGUAUCCUCGACCCCGCAACAAUGAGAUCCAUGAUAUUGCUCUACGUUGGACCCCACAACAGACCUUCGUUCGCCGAUGACUACUACCUUUCUCCCACCCUUGCCCCGCCAGCAUUACUUGCUCGAUUUCCAAAAACAUACUUCCUCACAGGCGAGCGCGAUCCUUUGGUCGACGACACCGUAAUAUUCGCAGGCCGGUUGCGGAAAGCCAAGGCCGAAGCUUACGAGAAGGAAAAGGAGAGGGGCGAGCAUUUAGCAAAGGAAUUCGACGACAGGGACGUGGUAGAGGUGGCCUUGAUACCCGGGAUUUCACAUGGCUUUAUGCAAUUUGCUGCUGCCUUCCCUGAGGGCUGGAAUCACAUCUUCCGUUGCGCGCGCUGGAUUGAUGAGCUCUUCGAGCUUUCCGAUACAAACGAAAAAAUGAAAGCCACCACAUCUAGCACAGUGAGUUCUGGGGUUAAAGCAACGGGCUUGCGCCGCCAGGGCGGAGAUGCUAGGUUUGGUAGGGGGGGUGGCGCGGGCUAUCACCACAAUCGCACCGAAUCCUCUGGCGACGAAGCCUUGGAAAUGAGGAUGCCAUUGACUGCGAAAUUAAGGGCCGAGCAAGAACUAAAGGAACGCCUUCUCCAGGAGACCUUGGGAGGGGUAUCGGACGAGGGCGCAACGAGGGGCAGGAGGACACGUAGAGAUAGGGGAAGAUUGACACGCAAGAAGAGCUCUUCAGUCAGCUUGGCAAGCGAAGACGAUCUGCUUGGCAGACGAAUGCUGGGACUAGUCAGCGGACUGACCAGCAUGGGAGAGGGAAAUACCAAUGGUGAUAUUUAG